CUCACUGGAGUCACAUUUCCUUUUCCAGACACAAACAGAUUAACUUUUUUUUUACAUUUCCAGUUCAGAUCAAACCUGAACUUUGAAGGUGCAUUAAAAUGUUACGACGAAUUCAGUCUAUGGUACAGAGGAAAUUCAGGCUACUUAUUUUUACUUUACUUCUUUUGACAUUUCUGUCACAUAUGAUGAUUGACAUUGUACCAAUGCUGGAGCUGAAAUCUAAAAAUGCUUGUGGAUGUCUAAAGAAAGCUGAUGGUUCCCAUGGUUCUCGGGUACUGGAGCAUACCAAAGUAAAAAGCCAAGUGAGGAGUUCUCUCCGGGUACUGCAAGAUUUCAGCAGCCAAGGCUCUUCAAACAAAUCGUCUCAGUCUGUUGAAAAGGCUCAGGAAGUGAGUGGCUCUAGUCAACCGGUUCACAUUAACGCAGGCACAGUGGUAGAAAAGGUGCAAACUGGAUUGAUGAGGAAAAGCCCAGGAUACUUGGGUUCAAAACUUACAGCUCUGUUUGAACAUCCACUCUACAAGAUUCAACUGCCAGCACGAACAGAAGAUGACAAAUUGUUUACAGUGAAUCCUGAUGUUAAAUUUAUGGCUCGUGACAGUAACAGUGAUGAAUGGGUGAGUGAUGAACGACUACAGUACAUUGUGCCCACAGGUACUAAUCCUGAGGACACAUAUCCUAACUGGCUGAAAUUCCACAUUGGUAUCAAUCGUUAUGAGCUCUAUGCACGUAACAGCCCUACUAUCGAUCAGUUGAUAAAGGAGCUGGGAAAACAUAGAAUUGUUGGCACAGUUCAGAAGCCUGGAGGUACCCAAUUGAAACUCAGUAUAACAUUAAUGGAUUAUGGAACAGCACUCUUUAAGCCAAUGAAGCAGACUCGUGAACAGGAAACACCUCCAGAUUUCUUCUACUUCUCCGACUUUGAAAGACACAAUUCUGAAAUUGCAGCAUUCCACUUAGACAGGAUUUUAGAUUUCCGGAGAGUUCCUCCUGUUUCUGGGAGGUUACUGAACAUGACUAAGGAUAUUUGGCACCUAACUACAGACAAGAAACUGGCAAAGACAUUUUACAUUUCUCCAGCGAAUAAUGUUUGCUUCUAUGGAGAGUGUUCAUAUUACUGUUCCACAGAGCAUGCUCUGUGUGGGAAGCCUGACCAGAUUGAAGGAUCAAUGGCUGCCUUUCUGCCAGAUAAAUCUCUUGCUGAUCGUCACAAUUGGCGGAGUCCCUGGAGGCGAUCUUAUCACAAGCAUAAGAAGGCAGAAUGGGAAGUGAACCCAAAUUACUGCAUUCAAGUCAAGCAGACUCCACCUUAUAACCAAGGCACUCGACUACUGGACCUCAUUGACUUAACAAUUUUGGACUUCCUCAUGGGGAACUUGGACAGACAUCAUUAUGAAACUUUUGAGAAAUUUGGAAAUGAUACCUUCCUUCUACACUUGGACAAUGGCAGAGGGUUUGGACGACAUUCUCAUGAUGAACUGUCAAUUUUGGCGCCCUUAAAGCAAUGCUGCAGAAUUAAAAAGACCACAUAUUCUCGUCUGCAGCUUCUAUCUUCUACAAAGUAUCAGCUCAGUGAUGUUAUGAGAGAAUCCCUUCUGACGGACCCUCUUUCACCAAUCCUGAUUGAGCCUCACCUGCGUGCACUGGACCGGAGGUUACAGAUCAUCCUCCAGACCAUUCAAGACUGUAUGAACAAAGAUGGCUAUGAGAGUGUAGUGGACAAUGACUUACCUUUAAGUAUAGAGAAACAAGUGCUGCAGGCCUAGCCAUUAAGUGACUAUGAACAUGCUUCUUACUAUUAUAGCUUAAUGUCUGCCCAUACCCAAGAAAGUGAACUGUAGGCAGAGGAUAAUAAUUAGCAUUCUUGUCUAGAAGCAAAUCGUGGCAUUUGGCAGUGCUUCUUUGGGUAUCUCAUUUUGGAUGAAAAAAGGCAAGACUUUUUAAAGAGUAAUCAAAAGCCAUUCACAUGCUGUAUGCUAACAGAAUCCCAGAAUAUCAAAAGCUAGUGAGGACAUCAACAAAAUAAGUGUUAACUUUUUGUCUGCUGUUUGAUGUUGCCUGUUGCCUAUUUAACUUAUGACCAAUUUUAACUUAAUGGGAAUAAAAGAUAAAAUACUG